GGUUCGUCAUCGUCUAUACGUGCUUUCAAAUUGGAAAUUAAUGGUACCGACAAAUGUUUUGUAUUCAAUGUCACCGAUUCCGAAGAUGCUGAUGAUUCAGUUUCGCCACGUUUCCAUUUCACAUCGGAGAGCCUGUUCGAUUUUUCUGAAGUCUAUCGGAUUACUCUCUAUAGUCUGCCUAAAUCACAGAAUCGAACACCGACGGUGAUAAAGGAGUCGCGUAUGCCAGCAGAUCCUGUGUUCAACUACGUCGAUGACCAGAAAAAUGUCUCACAAUUUUGCAAAACUCACGCCAAUCCGGCAGCAUCAAAAUGGACUGCAGCUUUUCGACGGAUAUUUUUGCAGUCAAUUACGAGAACAAUUCUGGUUGAGUUCGUCGGAGCUCCGCCUCACUUCUGUUUCGAAGAGUAUGAGGUCCGUCUUCUCGACGAAACCGGCAUCGAACUGCUCUACCAUACCACAAUCAAGGCGAAGGACAUGAAAAAAGAGAUCAUCGAUGGAAAAGCUGUAUAUUUCGGGGAGCAUAACUUUACUGGAUUAGAAUAUGACGUCGACUACAUCCCGUCGGUGAUUCCGGUAGAAAUGUCGUCGGAUGGCCGUUGUCUGUGUCCGACCAGUGAACAGCACGGAGCAUGCAGUUGUGUAGCAGCCGACUGGAAACGAGUCCGCUUACACCGGAUCGAAGCACCUGCACCUGUGAUAAACGUUACUAUUCCGACCGUUGUACGACCGCCAGAUGAAAAUAAAUACUGGCCACUCUACGCCAUCAUCGUUGCCCUUUGCCUUCUACUCGCUUUGUGUGCGAUUAUUUCAGUAUUCUUAAAAUUCUACAGGAAAUACACAAAACGUGGAAAGUCCGUACGCAUACGAUUCAUAUCUGAUCACAUCAACAGCAACGGUAUGGUGGCAGCUGAGCCACGAGCUCCGCUUAUUUAUAACUAUCCAACUACCGUAUUGCUUGUCUACAGUCAUGACUGCCCAGAGCACGACUCUGCCGUUUUGGCAUUAGCUGAAUUGCUCCGAGACACCUUCAAAAUGGAUGUGCAUUUAGAUGUUUGGGAUGAGAACGAUAUUGAGAAAAAUCUGAACGAGUAUAUCAACGCCAGUAUCGUAAAAGCCGACAAGAUUGUCGUGAUCAAUUCGAUUGGAGCAUAUUAUCGAGUUCGAGCUCGUUAUCUUGGUGAUGAAGUUGUCGAACGGGUUUAUAAAACACCUCUGGAUGGGCUGUUCCUCAGUCAAAUCGACUUAGUUCUACAGCAUGCCCGUGUCAUCUCGGCUCGAUUCAGCUACACCCCACCCAGCUCGACCUUGUUUGCCCUCUCUCCACUGCUACAGUACACAAUCCCGGAAAAUCUCGGCCUUUUCGUCGCAUCCUUGGGCGAUUCCCAACUUAGAAACGAUCCCCGGCUAGCCGGCUUCAAUCCGCAACUAGCACGUCUUCAGACAGCCAUUGCCACCAUGUCGCAUAUGAUCGAAAGUGAUCCAAAGUGGUUCGAAAAGUCACAUCAUCGUGUCCGACGUGACCCUGUUGCUGUCACCGCUUCACUGGAUAGUAAUGUUGGAAAGGAGUUGUCAAUUUCGGAGCCAGCGGUACAGCCGCUUCCAUUCAACGGACCCAUGAUGAGCAUGGCCCCAACUUCUCCUUCAGCUGGAGCUGCUGUCGUCGCCGCGCCGCCUCUGGAAGAGGAUGCCAGGCCGUUGCUUGAGGAGGAGGUCGAAGAGAAUGAGAUGAUGGAAGUGAAGCGUGCUCGUGAUGAUUCCUCAGCUGAUUCCGCUUUUCACAGUACGAACGUUGGCGAAGAAAUACCACCCGUGAGAGAGGUCCUUGACAAGCCACGAUUACUGGAUCGAAAUACUAACGACUCCUUAGAUAACUAUGGAGAGAUGAUGGCACCGAUUGAAUCACCAGGUCAGAAGCAUCGACCAGCCGACAGCAACGAUUCCGGAAUGGUCAGCGAUCUGAUGAGUGGACAGUUAUCCAGUUAG